UCGGUCUGCUGUUACGAUGGUGGUCGAAAUAAUUUCAUUUCUUUGCGUUUUGCUUUCAAAUGAAAUUCAGGCUGAAGUAGACUUUGAGACCAGAUUGAAGACGAUAGAAGCGGCAUUGCAGAAAGAUGACUUGCGUAUAAUUAAACUAGGGGGAAUUGUGAAUCAACAGCAAGAAAUGUUAAAAGACCAAUCAUUAACUAUUUACGAACUGAGAAAUCAACUAAACAUUCAGACUGCCAAACUCAACGAACAGGAAGGUACCAUAAAGAAACUAAAAGAAAUUUCGAGCUCGCUGUUGGUGACAGUUCGUUGGUUAAAGAACGAUUUCGAAAAGAAUAAGACCCGAAAUAAUGAAAUUGCAGAUACAGACAUGCCUAGAAACGUAACAGAGAGCUUAAUGAGAACGGUUGCUCAAUCAGGCAGCGGAUGUGGUACAACUAACCAAAAGAAGAGGGAUAAUCAGGAUCACAAUAAACAUAUAUCUUCAGGUUGGUAUACAUUUUAAAGUAUCUUUUAAAAAUUGGUGAACUGGAAUAAUGCUACUGUACAAGUGUUGCCACAUUUUAUUUGACACAAACUUAUAAUAGCCCAAAUGCGAUGAUCAUGCUUAAUUUAGGUGAAUGACUGACAGUAAUUUAAUAAGACGAACGAUAAUCUAAAAUCACUCGCAAAAAAAAUACCAGAGGAUGCUAAUUAAUGAUAACUCCGGUGGCAUUUAAACAGGUAUAAGUUGUUGUGUUGCAACUAAGAACCGA